AUGGCGAUGGAAGUGACCCAGGUGCUAUUGAAUGCCCAAUCUAUAGAUGGGAAUGUGCGGAAGCAUGCGGAAGAAAGCCUAAAACAGUUUCAGGAGCAAAAUCUGCCCGGUUUUUUGCUCUCUCUCUCUGGAGAGCUAGCGAAUGAUGAGAAGCCUGUUGAUAGCCGUAAAUUAGCAGGUUUAAUACUUAAAAAUGCCUUGGAUGCAAAGGAACAGCAUAGAAAGCUUGAGCUUGUUCAAAGAUGGUUGUCCUUGGACAUCAAUGUUAAGGGUCAAAUUAAGGCAUGUUUGUUGAAGACCCUUGCUUCGCCUGUACCAGAUGCACGGUCAACUGCAUCUCAAGUUAUUGCUAAGAUUGCAGGGAUCGAGUUGCCUCAGAGACAGUGGCCAGAGCUGAUAGGAUCGCUUUUAUCCAAUAUUCAUCAGUUACCUGCUCAUGUCAAGCAAGCUACUUUAGAGACUCUUGGAUAUUUGUGUGAGGAAGUCUCACCUGAUGUUGUAGACCAAGACCAUGUAAACAAGAUACUUACAGCGGUAGUUCAGGGCAUGAAUGCAUCUGAAGGAAACAAUGAUGUUAGGCUUGCUGCAACUCGUGCACUGUACAAUGCACUAGGAUUUGCUCAAGCAAAUUUCAGCAACGAUAUGGAGCGUGAUUAUAUCAUGAGAGUGGUUUGUGAGGCAACUCUGUCCCCUGAAUUGAAGAUAAGACAGGCUGCUUUUGAGUGCUUGGUCUCUAUCUCAUCAACAUACUAUGAGAAGUUGGCUCCUUAUAUUCAAGAUAUCUUUAACAUCACGGCAAAGGCUGUGAGGGAAGAUGAGGAACCUGUAGCUCUUCAAGCAAUUGAAUUCUGGAGUUCAAUAUGUGACGAGGAGAUAGAUAUCUUGGAAGAAUAUGGAGGUGAUUUCACUGGGGAUUCUGAUGUUCCUUGCUUUUACUUUAUUAAGCAGGCUCUCCCUGCUCUGAUACCUAUGUUGUUGGAGACUCUCCUUAAGCAAGAGGAGGACCAGGAUCAAGAUGAAGGAGCUUGGAAUAUUGCAAUGGCUGGCGGAACAUGCCUUGGUUUGGUUGCAAGGACUGUGGGAGAUGAUAUUGUGCAACUUGUUAUGCCAUUCAUUGAAGAGAACAUUACAAAACCAGAUUGGAGGCAAAGGGAGGCAGCGACAUAUGCAUUUGGUUCAAUCUUGGAGGGUCCUUCACCUGACAAGCUAACGCCUCUUGUUAAUGUUGCAUUGAACUUCAUGCUGACUGCUUUGACAAAGGAUCCACAUAACCACGUGAAGGAUACAACUGCUUGGACCCUUGGUCGAAUAUUUGAAUUCCUUCAUGGUUCAACUGUGGAUACACCAAUAAUUACUCAAGCAAAUUGCCAACAAAUUGUCACUGUACUACUUCAGAGCAUGAAGGACGUUGCCAAUGUAGCAGAGAAGGCAUGUGGUGCUCUCUAUUUCCUUGCUCAGGGUUACGAAGAGGUGAGCCCAUCAUCUCCCCUUACUCCUUACUUCCAGGAAAUUGUCCAGGCACUUCUCACUGUCACCCACAGAGAGGAUGCUGGGGAGUCCCGAUUAAGGACUGCUGCAUACGAAACAUUGAAUGAGGUGGUGAGGUGCUCAACUGAUGAAACUGCACCAAUGGUGCUGCAAUUGGUUCCUGUCAUCAUGAUGGAGCUUCAUAAUACUCUUGAAGGGCAGAAGCUUUCUUCUGAUGAAAGAGAGAAGCAGGGUGAGUUGCAAGGGCUUCUCUGUGGUUGCUUACAGGUCAUAAUUCAGAAGUUAGGCUCCUCUGAGCCAACAAAGUAUGUGUUCAUGCAAUAUGCAGACCAGAUAAUGGCACUCUUCCUGAGGGUUUUCGCUUGUAGAAGUGCAACAGUGCAUGAGGAAGCCAUGUUGGCCAUUGGAGCCCUUGCCUAUGCAACUGGUCCGGAUUUUGCCAAAUACAUGCCAGAGUUUUACAAGUACUUAGAAAUGGGCCUUCAGAAUUUUGAAGAGUACCAGGUCUGUGCUGUGACUGUUGGUGUGGUAGGGGAUAUUUGCAGGGCAUUGGAAGAUAAAAUUUUACCUUACUGUGAUGGUAUCAUGACUCAGCUUCUCAAGGACUUAUCAAGCAACCAGUUGCAUAGAUCUGUGAAGCCUCCCAUUUUCUCUAGCUUUGGGGACAUUGCCCUGGCAAUAGGAGAGAAUUUUGAGAAGUACUUGAUGUAUGCCAUGCCCAUGCUGCAGAGUGCAGCAGAGUUGUCUGCCCACACAGCUGGUGCUGAUGACGAAAUGACUGAAUACACAAAUUCUUUGAGAAAUGGAAUUUUGGAGGCAUAUUCUGGAAUUCUUCAAGGUUUCAAGAAUUCUCCUAAAACUCAGCUCUUGAUUCCUUAUGCACCUCACAUCCUGCAGUUCUUGGAUAGCAUGUACAUGGAGAAAGACAUGGAUGAUGUGGUGAUGAAAACUGCUAUUGGAGUCCUUGGCGAUUUAGCAGAUACACUGGGAAGUAAUGCUGGUUCUUUGAUACAGCAAUCUCUUUCUAGCAAAGACUUUUUAAAUGAAUGUUUAUCUUCUGAUGACCAUAUGAUUAAGGAAUCUGCCGAAUGGGCCAAGUUGGCCAUCAGUCGUGCCAUUUCUACAAUGGAGGUCACCGGUCUUCAGUAUGUCACUAACUCUUGCGUCAGCAUGGUGAGUUUGGGUUCUCGAUUCUGUCAUGGAGGAGAAGUGGGUGGGAUUGCUUUGAAGAUGUGGGUGAAGGAGUCUGUCAAAAAAGUCGAAUAA